UCACCGUCUCUGGUCCUCAUCCCCUCACCACUCUCUUUUACCUUCUCCCCUCUCCCCUCUCCUCUACCUCGACUUCGACGGCUUCAAGACUAGGCAGCCAUGACCGCCGACUUCAAGGACGACAAGGUCGUCGCUCAGCACACUGAGCACUACGACCCCACCGCCAAGGAUGUCAACAACACGUCGUCGGGCUCGAGCAUUGACCUCGAGAGCCUCGACAUCGACGAGAAGAGACUCAUUCGCAAGAUUGACUACCACCUCGUCCCCUGGCUCGCUCUUCUGUACCUCCUUUCGUUCCUCGACCGCUCCAACAUUGGUAACGCCAACAUCUUCGGCCUCUCUGAGCACCUCAAGCUGAAGAAGACGCCCGACGAGUAUGGUCUCUGUCUCGCCAUUUUCUUCGUCUUCUACGUCCUGUUCGAGGUCCCCUCGAACAUGGUCAUGAAGGCAUGGCGCCCCUCGAUGUGGAUCCCCACCAUCAUGGUCGCUUGGGGUGCAGUUAUGAUCGGCAUGGGUUUCGUCACUGGCUUCACGUCGCUCUUUGUCACUCGUCUCUUCCUCGGCAUUACGGAGGCUGGUCUCUUCCCUGGCGUCUCGUUCUACCUCACCCAGUGGUACCGCAAGUACGAGAUCUCGUGGCGCAUCUCCCUCUUCUUCUCGGCGGCUACUGCGGCUGGCGCUUUCGGCGGUCUUCUGGCUCGUCUGAUCAACCUCAUGGACGGCGUCGGAGGGUACGAGGGUUGGCGCUGGAUUUUCAUUCUUGAGGGUAUCCUCACCGUUGUCGUCGCCGUCGUCUCCUUCUGGGUCAUGUACGACUACCCCGGCACGGCCAAGUUCCUCACCGAGCCCGAGCGCGCAUUCGUUGUCAACCGCCUGCACCUCGACAACGACGGCUGCUCGCAGGCCUUCAAGAUGAAGUUUGUUUGGGACGCCUUCACCGACUGGAAGGUUUGGUGCGCCGCCAUCAUGUUCCACGGCUCGCUCUGCCCGGUCUACACCUUCUCGCUCUUUGCUCCUACCCUCACCAAGAACCUCGGCUACACUGCCGCCAGGGCCCAGCUCAUGUCCGUGCCUCCGUACGUCGCCGCCGCUUUCGUGACCCUCUCGGCCGGCUGGAUCUCGGACCGCAUCCAGAAGCGCGGCAUCGUCGUUAUCUGCUGCUCGACUGUCGGUGCCCUCGGCUACGGUCUCCUCCUUGCCAACGUUAACAACGGCGUCAACUACUUUGCCCUCUUCCUCGCCGCCUCGGGCAUGUACCCUCUCAUCCCCGUCAUCGUUGCGUGGGGCGCCAACAACUGCGGCGGCGCGCUCAAGAAGGGUGUUGCCACUGCUAUCAUUGUCUCCGUGGGCAACUGCGGCGGCAUCGUCUCCUCGUUCAUCUACCCCUCGCGCGACGCCCCCGGCUUCAAGAAGGGCCACGCCAUCUGCCUCGCAUACUGCAUCAUCUGCAUCAUCACGGCCGUGAUCAUGUGGGUGUACUGCGCCGCGGCGAACAAGAAGCGUGCCGCGCGCAACGCUGCCCGCACGCACGAGUGGACCGCCGAGGAGAAGCUCCAGUUCGGGGACCGCGGCGACCACAACGACUGGUUCGUCUACACUUUGUAAAUUACACGGCAUAAAAUGGGCCUCGAGGUCGAGGCGAGUAGUAGUAGUGUUCAUAGGAUAGGGAGGCGGCAUCGGAUAGUGUAGUCUCGGCGGUAGACUGUGCAUAGAUGGCUAUAGGUCACAGUUGUUCAUGCAGAUUUCAUUGUAACUCG